AUCAGCGUGCCGAUCCUGGACGAAGAUAAGUGGGACGAGUGGUGGGAGGCUUACGUGGAGCUUGCUUUCUGUCKGCUGGAGAUAAAGUUCCGUUGGUCCAAGCCAGCGCCGUAUGGAGAGGGGCCUGAAAUCCCGAACGACGAGGUGGAACUGCUGAUUGUGCAAGCUUGGGGGACGACGACGGAAAGGGAUCUAUUGGGGAUACUCUUCGGGAAGGUGGAAGAUGGGAAUCUCGCUCUUAUCACGAGCGAGUUACUGGUGUUUCUGGUACAGUUGGUGGACGACCUGCCUCUGGACAUCUUAUCGCGGUAGCUGGACGACGAUAACUGCAUCUAUCCGUCCCAGGCUCUGUACCUCGAGAUCGACGUCACCGAUCUCACACUGUGGGACCCUAUCAUUCGGCGAGGGAACACGCGGCAAGAGGAAGAGGAGAUCGAAGAGGAAGAGGAGACAGAGGAAGAAUCGAGCGAGGAUCGUGACGACCCCGAUUCCGUCGAGGAAGAGGAGGAGGUUGAAGAAGAAGAAGAAAAACCGACAAAAGAGGAGGGUGGAUCGGGUGAGCCGAGUCAAUGGCCCGAACGACGCAAGGAGGAGGAGGUGGCAGAAGCACGGAAGCGGCUGGAAAGAGCGGAAGGAAAGCGGUCGAUUGAGGAAAGGUUCCCGCCCGACCCGUUAUUGGGAAAUCCGUGGCUCGAUCCGGAGCCCCCACGGGAGGAAGACGGAGGCGAUGGAGCCGUAGUGGGGGGAUUAGGACGUCACGGCCGAAGGAGGAGCGAAUCACCAGCUCCGUCUGGUUCCCCUCCCCACCCUGCCCUUCGCCUACGUCAAGAUGCGGGCGAUCAGGCUUCGUCCCCGGUUGUUAUCUCGUCGUCCCCUUGACUUCCUGGUCCCUUCCCGGCUCCUUGGUCGA